AUGACACCAGAUUCCAGAAUGGUUGUCAAUGGUGCAGCCGGUGGAACCAUAGCAAAGAAGACAGCAGCUGAAACUUUAGAGUUGAUCGACUUUAUGGCAAGGGCUGAUAACGCAUCAAUAACAAUUCAACCAGUUCAACCAAGAAGGGGAAUCCUUCAGUUGGAAAACAAUGAUGCAUCACUUGCAGAACAUCCUAUCUUAACAGCUAGAGCAGAUGCUUUACAAGUGAAUGGAAUCUGGUAUGAACCAAGACCACAGCAGAAUUUCCAGAGAAACCAGAACAAUGCUCCAGGAAACAAUUUCCAAAUGAGAAUUCAAGGGGGAGGUUUGGAUUACAAAUCCAACAAUUAUUUACAACCUCCUCCUAUUCCACUCAAGGAGCCAUCCGGAUUGGAGAAACUGGUGGAGACCCUGGCUUCAACUACCAAUGCUUUCAUUCAAGAGACAAGAUCAAAUUUCAAGAAUCAAGAGACUUCAAUCCGAAAUCUUGAGACUCAGAUUGGACAGUUGGCCAAGCAAUUGAAUGAAAGAGCUUCGGGAACAUUCCCCAGUGACACUAUAAUCAACCCAAGGGAACACUGCAAUGCCAUCACUACUAAAAGCGAGGAUCUGGAAAAAGUGGAAGCUCCUACAGGAAAGGAUAAGCACAUUCAAGAAGAAGCUCUGGAGAAAAUACCUUCGUAUGCAAAGUUCCUGAAGGAGAAAUUAUCUAAGAAGCGGAAGCUCACAGAGGAUGAACCUGUUACACUAACAGAGGAGUGCAGUGCAAUCAUAGAAAAACUUGCCUCCAAAGUUGAAGGAUCCAGGGAGCUCUACUAUUCCAUGCACCAUCGACAAGACGACUAUAGAGAAAGUCUUAUGCGAUCUUGGUGCUAG